ACACUAGAUCCGUACACACAGUAAAGACCCAAGUCAAAAUCAGCUCACAGGUCUCACCUGACUGACCGACCCGCACGACCGUGCCUCAAAUCCAACCCGAUCCAAAAUCCUCCGAAUUCCAGAUCCAACCACGUCGCAGAUCCGCCGCAAUGCUUUAGCUGAAUGAAGAAAAGCCCAGACUUAACCCACCUCAUCAAACCAUGGCGAUUACAGCAAAAGGCAAGCUCAUUCUCAUCUCCUUUCUCUUCGUUUUCUCAUCCUCUAAGCUUGUUUUAGUCAAAUCCGAUUCCGAACCCGAACCCGAGCCCAACCCGCAGCAGCUCGUGUUGCAGAGGCUGGAGGAGGUAGUGAGAAACCUCUCCGAAAUAGUCGCCAGGUUAGAACAAAGACUCGCGGAGCCGAAAGUCGUGGAGGGUUUGAUUUCUCCGCUCGAACAAAAGGUAAAUCACGGCGGUGAAAAAGUGAGAAAUGAUGGUCAAGUUGGAAAUGGAGGAGAAGAGAGGGCGAGGGCAGUUUCGGUAACGAAGUACAGUCCGUUUUGGUCGGACAGGUUUCAGUUUGUUUCGGCUGUGAAAUUGGAUUCCCAGGCGACUUGUAUCCACGUGUUGCCGUUUCGGGAUAGCGAGGGGGGUUCGAAGUACGUUGCGGUGGGGGAUGAGAGAGGGAGGGUUUAUGUGUUUUUGAAGAAUGGGGAUGUUGUGGUGGAGUUUGAUACCCUUUUGGGGUCACCCAUUAUGGCAAUGGCUUCGUUCUUGUCGAUUUAUAAGAAUGAGAGCUUUGUUGUGACAGGACAUAGGAAUGGAGAGAUUUUGAUGCAUAGGGUUUGGGAGGGGGUGAGUGGAGAAGAGUGGAGCUCGGUGAUGAUGGAGAGUGUGAGUAAGUUUGAUACCGGGGAGGACGGGCUGCCGGUUACUAUUUUGGAGGUGCAUCAUCUUGGGAGGAUGAGUUACAUACUGGCGAGUGAUGUGAGUGGGAAGAUUACGGUUUAUAAAGAGAAUGGGGCUGUUCAUGGCUCCACUAUGCCGUCGAGUAGGCCGCUUGCUUUCUUGAAGCAGCGGCUUCUGUUUUUGACAGAGACAGGUGCAGGGUCGUUGGACUUGAGGACCAUGAAGAUUAGGGAGUCUGAAUGUGAGGGGCUGAAUCACUCGCUGUCUAGGUACUAUGUUUUUGAUGCGACAGAGAGGUCCAAAGCGUAUGGGUUUACAUCAGAAGGUGAGCUGAUUCAUGUGGUGUUGUUGGGGGAUGUGAUGAACUUCAAAUGCAGAGUUAGGUCCAAGAGGAAGUUUGAAAUGGAUGAGCCUCUUGCUUUUCAGGCGAUUAAGGGGUGUUUGCUUAUUGUUAGUGGGGAGAAGGUAUUCGUGUAUAAUGUAUCAUCGCAGCAUUAUGUUAGGGUUGGUGCUCCUCGGAUUAUCUUCUCUGCUGGUCUUGAUGAGAUUAGAUCGUCUUUCCUCAAUUAUCAGAUCAUGGAUGUUGACGCAGGGAAAAGAAAUGUGGUACCGUUAAUUGCUAGUGAUCGUGAAAAGCUUGUUGUUCUUGGUCUUGGUGGAGGGUACGUGGGAAUGUAUCGCUCAAACCUUCCUGUAUUUAAAGGUGAAUUUAGCACAAUGCUAUGGACUAGCCCUGUAUUCUUCUUUGUACUUUUCCUAUUUGGAGCUUGGCAUUUUUUUGCGAAGAAGAAAGAAGCACUCACUUCAUGGGGAGGACCUGAUGAUCCAUUUAGUUCGACCUCAGCUACAGCAGGGGCUCCAUUGGGUGGAAAUAGCUCUGGAGAAAGGUCGUUUGUUGACUCUUCGUCAAGAAAUGCUGAUAUGAUGGAUAUUAGAGGUGGCGGUCUCAGAGGUCCAUCACGGAGGUACGUCUCUCCUCCACGGUAUGCAGGUGGAGCAACAAGUUCAUAUAGGCCAGGUCCGGCAGAUCAUAACCCGAGAUCAUCAUCUGUUGAUCCUAGUUUUCGAACAGGUACAGAGCUGAAAUUUAGAGGGUCUGCAUUAGAAUCCACCGGUUUUCCCAAAAGGAGGGAAAGUUUGUUUGUGAACAACCAAGCGAUGGAUGAUAGCAACUGACCUUUAUAGUCAUUUUCAUGUACUUUACUUCAGAUGUUCUUUUUCAUUCUUAGAUCACUCAGAUCGCAGUUUAGGGCCAUCUGAGCCUGCACUACGUGUACUUGUAACAUUACUUCAAAGUUUUCAAUCAACAAUAAAACAUAG